AUGCUAUCCCUCAAGACCCUUACGUCCAUUGCCAUCAAACUCCUUUGUCUUACUGCGGUUAAUGCUCAGGAUGAAUCCUCUGGCUCUACCACCGUCCCAUCCUUCACUUGCAACCCAGGAUAUCCCGUCUCGUCAGCUGAACAAUCGAUCAUCUUUACCAACUUCUUGCGCAAAUUUUACAUCGAAAAGGACGUCUAUCGCGCUGGUAGGGAGCACAUCCUCCUGAAUGCCAUCAACCAUAAUCCGAAUGUAUAUGGCGACCGUGAGGCUAGCCUGGCCUGGGUCGCCCCUCGCAUCGCGGAAUGGAAUGUCACUAUCGCAAACUCCGGUUUCGCAGACAAUGUGGGGUGGAGCCAUGUUAAGGUCGAGGGGCCGGGUAUGGGACGUUAUACGGUUGCGGUUGAUAUUUGGCGGUUUGAAGGAAGCUGUAUCGCUGAGCAUUGGGACGCAUUGCAAGGAGCACCACCUGCUAACAGGACUAACCCUCUAGAGCUCGUUUGA